AUGUCGGACUCGAGCGACUCAUGCAGAUCCUUGAUCCCGAGCCUCCUAUACUCUUCCGAUCAUCGUCUAUUUCAGUCGCCGGAGCCAGCAACAAGCAUGAUGAUGCAGCUGAAAUCACGGCCGUUGAUUUCUCCGAGUUCUUCUUCAGUCUCAUCGAACGGUCCCGGUUUCUUGAUUGCGACGCCGAAUGAGAAAGUAGAAAUGUACUCGCCGGCGUAUUACGCAGCGUGUACCGUCGGGGGGAUGUUGAGCUGCGGCGUCACCCACACGGCGGUUACGCCCCUCGAUGUCAUCAAAUGUAAUAUGCAGAUUGAUCCAACAAAGUACAAGAACAUAACUUCAGCUUUCAAGACAACAAUCAAAGAACAAGGGCUCAAAGGUUUCACCACAGGCUGGUCACCAACACUCAUCGGAUACAGUGCACAGGGAGCGUUUAAAUACGGUCUUUACGAGUACGCCAAGAAAUACUACUCAAACAUUGUUGGACCAGAAUACGCAGCUAAAUACAAGACCUUGAUCUACCUCGCUGGCUCGGCCUCUGCUGAAAUCGUCGCCGAUGUUGCUCUCUGUCCAAUGGAAGCUGUCAAAGUCAGGGUCCAGACUCAGCCCGGUUUCGCCCGCGGCUUAUCUGAUGGUUUGCCAAAGAUCAUUAGAUCGGAAGGCGUUCGAGGGUUAUACAAAGGAAUCGUUCCUCUCUGGGGACGCCAGAUUCCAUAUACGAUGAUGAAGUUUGCUACUUUUGAGAACACUGUGGAGCUCAUAUACAAGAAAGUGAUGCCUACCCCAAAAGAAGAGUGCUCGAAGCCUGUUCAGCUCGGUGUUAGCUUCGCCGGUGGAUACAUUGCUGGAAUUUUCUGCGCCGUCAUCUCUCACCCUGCUGAUAACUUGGUCUCUUUCCUCAAUAACUCUAAAGGAGCCACUGUUGCUGAUGCAGUAAAGAGGCUAGGGUUAUUGGGGAUGCUUACACGUGGCCUUCCUCUUCGCAUUUUCAUGAUCGGGACACUCACUGGAGCACAAUGGGUUAUCUAUGAUGCUGUCAAAGUUUUAGCUGGAUUGCCAACAACUGGUGGUGCUUCUCCAGCUACUGCACUUGCUCCAGCUGUAAGUGCAUAA